GAGCUUUUGUUAUAUUUCCCGAACUUGGAACAUAUUGACGUGCGGGACAACCCCACACUCGACUGUCGAACCGUUUGGGAUUUGGGGAUAGACGUCAGGAGUGAUUGUAAGUUUAUUUCAUUUAUGCUAGCAUUUGCGCAAGUUGGCAUUUGUUGCAACUUAUAGUUAUAUAGUUUGACUUUCUCUUCAAUUAGGUAUGCCGGAUACGGUAUCGGGUGUUACGUUUGGGUCUACAGAUAGUUCCGCACCCCCACCCCAGACCAUGGACCCCACCGAACCUCGGGUUUUAAUCCGAAUCACAACCCCCACGGGGUCCUUAACGCGGCUUUUAGUUUCAACACCCGUCGGAGCCUCAGUCUCGGUGGCAUCCUGGACCUUCAUCCGGCUCUCGACCUUGAUUCAAUCUCGGAUCCUACCCCCAACCCCCACCGGAACCCUAACCUCAGCCGCGUCCCGGACCUUGAUCCUACCCCUGACCGUGGUUUCAACCCCCACCUUAAUCCCGACCACUUCCCGGACCUUGAUUCGAUCCGUGGUCCUAACCCCGACCCCCACCGGAACCCUAACCCCUGCCGCGUUCCAAACCUUGAUCCGACCCCUGACCGUAGUUUCAACACCCGCCUUGAUCCCGACCACUCCCCGAAACUUGAUUCGGUCCCUGAUCCUAACCCCAACCCCCACCGGAAGCCUAACCCCGGCCACGUUCCAGACCUUGAUCCGACCCCUGACCAUAGUUUCAACACCCGCCUUGAUCCCGGCCACUCCCCGAAUCCCAGUUCAAUCCCGGAUCCUAACCCCGGCCCUCACCCGAACCUCAACCGUAGUCCUGACCCCCGCAACGGUUCCGACCCGAAUCUCGGCUUCGACCCCUAAUUUGUACCUUAUUAUUGUCGGGCUGACCGUAGGAAUAGUGCUGCUUUUGGGUCUGUUUUACAGCUAUAAGCUCUGUGUGGCUGGACGGCGGCAGAGAAUGCUACGCAAGGGCACUCUGGGACCGAGCUAAUGUCACUGGAGCGGCCGGAGAGUGGCGAAAGCACAAUAACAAUGUCUCACACUGCACUGUAAAUAUAAACAUUGCUUUUAUGAUCACAGGUCUUAUAUGUAUAUAAAUAUAAAUAAAGGAACUAUAUGUACAAUUUGUGAGUACUGAUAUACACUGAAGCUCUUAGCAUGUGCUGCGUAUACGGUUUUAACAGGGCUGUACAUUUUAGCGUGUUUCAAAUGAGUCUUAUUUGAAUACAUAGGCACGCUGGAAUGAACAGUAUAGAAUUAAUAGUAUUUCACAUUAGUAUUACGAACUGUUUCAGGGACGUAUGUUUACUCUUGUAUAAACAUUAUGUCGGAUAAUAUAUUAUAAGCUAAUGGGUUUUCCUGUCAAACACACGAGUGUUUAUCGAAACAUAAUCACUUAGAGCAGAGGUCAUUUAAACAUAGAUACCGUUUCCGCGCUGUAAGUUUCACGUCUCCUUUAAGGCUGAUUUCCACUGUUGCGUUUUUCGUACGCACGUAUACGCACGUAAAUCCGUUUAAAUGUUACUUAUGAAAUAACCAAAUAAAUAAAGCAACAGAAUUUAGUGUUCCGCAAGUUUUAGUAUGCAUUUGUUAACCCUUUUGUAAAAUAUUUUAAAAAAUGUAAGGAUUCAAAGUUUUACGUGCGUGUACGUGCGAACAAAAACGCAACAGUGGAAAUCAGCCUUACAAUAAGACAUUUUGUACGCAAGCUAUUUUUAUACAUUCGUCAUUUCGGGGAUGUCAUUAUAAAUUAACACAACAGGAAGGUUUUGCGGGCCCCUGCGGGACACACCCUAAAUUAGAUUGUUUUUGAUAACAGAACAUAGCAGCAAGAUAUUGUUGUUGAUAGAAAAACGUUAAAGUGAGCUGUCUUGUUCAUAGUAUAUUUCUUCGUCGAGGGAAUCGGAAGAGAGGGAAUCGAUUGAGAAGUGGCGACGAGCAUUGUUUAGUACGAAGAGUUCUCUGGAAACUGAACGGCGCCUUCUCCUCCUCCUCCUGAUGGCGUAAAAACAGGCUAAGGCAAGUGCUGUAGCGCCGGUUGGUAGCAGAAUUGAGAGCAG